UCAAAACCACAACUCUCACAUACUUUGACCACUAGGAUCUUACUAUCACUGCCCCACCCUGAUCUUUCCUUUCUGGAUCAUCCCAUUAGCAGUAGAAGCAGUCUCUCACUUUUUAAACAAGAAAAACACCACCGAACCACCCCUUUCUUCCUCCUCCUACCUCUCUCGUCUUCGCUUGAAACCCUAAUACACACAGGCCUUCUCUUUUGCUCUCUCUCUUUCUCUCUGUGCAACUGCGAGUGUGUAUAUAUAUAUAUAUAUAUAUAUUUUCAAUUCAUGAUCCGUGUUCUCUUGUGCACGUAUAUUUGUUGUUGUUCUGCUGCUCUGAGACAGAUAAAGAUUGAGCGAGGGAAGAAGUAUGGUGGGUUGCGGAUCAGAGGAUUAAAGACCUGGGUCGUACUUUCUGAGACGCGUUUUCUUCCAGCGAAAUCAGAAACAUGUGUUUCCUUUUCUUCUCUUCGGCCCAUACCUCAUUCUGUGUCGUCCUCUUAAAUGGGUAUGUCUAAGAAAGCAAAUCUCUCUGCGCUAUUCCCAUCUCUCUACCCCUCACGUCUUUCCAUUUUCGGCUCCCUCUCUCCUUCUUUCCUCCUCUCAUGGAUUCGGCUAACAGUACUGGGAGCUUGCAGUCCUCCAGCGGCGGUGACGACGAGUACGAUUCACGCGCCGAAUCCAUCUCCGCCUUCUUCAACCACCCAAACCCACCCAUCCACGUUGCUUCUACACACUCAAACCCACCGUCUUUCUUCGAUCCUUCGUCCAAUUACUUAGAUCCGAUUCAAACAUCACCGUCGCUUUCCGGCUUCGAUAUGAUGUGGUCCAAACCAGCUAGAUCCGACCCAAAUCGCUCCGAUCUCGGUGGCUUCAAUCCUCCUUCUUCCUCGAACCAACCUUUUUUCUCAGGUCAGUUGGGCGGUCAAACCACUCAGCACCCUCUUGUUCCAGAAAGCUCAUCGCGAGGAUUGGUUUCUGUAUCCGGAGGCGGCGCGAACGAUCCAUCCGGCAACAACAACGUUGCUCGGAACCCGAAGAAGCGAUCGAGAGCGUCGCGUCGUGCACCCACGACAGUGCUAACGACGGACACCACCAAUUUCAGAGCCAUGGUUCAGGAAUUCACUGGUAUUCCGGCACCACCUUUCUCUUCAUCACCUUUCCAAAGAAGUCGCUUGGAUCUCCUCGGUUCUCACGCCACCGUAAGAUCUCCUCCGCCACCUACUUAUAAUCUUCUGCGACCUUUUCCCCAGAAGCCUCCGUCUUAUCAGCCAUUCUUGUCGUCACUUCCGGCAUUUCCAUCAUCGCCGGUGGACCAAUUAGCGUCUUCUUCAACUAAUUCUACCACUAAUUCAAACCCCAUUCUCUACUCACUUUCUUCUGAUCUAGGCCUUCUCAAGCAGCCUGGUCUCAACGUCAAUACACAGAACCCAAUACUCAACUUCCCAACCAUCCAGCUCGGAAGUUCUUCCGGUAUUCUCGCCUCUAAAACUCAAGCUGCUCUGGGAAUUCCGGCCACUAGUGCUGGUGAUAAUUCGCAUCUCAAAAUGGGCGUGUUGGAGGAAUUCGGAUUGAACCAUGUGGAUGUUAACACUGACAUGAGUGGCCUUCAUCAUCAUCAUCAGCAGCAGCAUCAUCAGAAUAUGGUUUCUUCAUCAUCGGAUUGGACCGAGAGAAGGGGCACGAACAAUGGUGGCGAUCAUGGAGUCAUGAGGUCUGCGAGUGGCAACUUGGGAGAUUCAUCAGAGCGAGACAUAAAUGGGAAAGUGACGAACUACUCACCGGCUGGUUCGUCAGAUUUUCAUGGAGAGAAGACGACGGAUCAGUGUGUGGCUGCAAGAAGCGAAGAGUCAUCUAAAGGAAGAACGGAUGGUGGUGCAACGCCAAUGCAUGAAGACCCAUGAAUCUUUUGGUACCCUCUCUUUUUAACCAUGACCAUCAGUUUAAUCAAACCAUGUCUUUAUUUUUAUUUUUUCAAACUUUAAUUUGUCCUUUUGGUCCCUUCAAAAUUAUGUGUAAAUAAUAGCAGCAGCUAGCCCUUCUGAUCUCUUCGGCCAUUAAUCAACCAAUUAUCAUGGUGGUUUAUUAUUCUGAAUAUGCUUUUCUUAC